AUGUCCCUGAUUAUGCCUGGUUCCAGUCGAGUCGCCGGCGAGAACCCGGCCUUUUGCAUGGCCACAAGGGUUGCAAAGGUCACUGCGCCAUUCACAACAGACCUGUUCCCUCCAGCCGCCUCCCACUUCAUCAUCCAGGCUGUGGCUAGCAUCACAGACCUCCCAGCCGAGUUGAUCGACAACAUCCUCGAUCUCGCCACGACAGAAGUCUCAGACGACACAGCCAUCGUGCGCCAACGAAUCAUCAACUCCCUCACGCCCACCUGCCGCAGGUUCCACGAGCUCUUCGGACACGAGCAGCACCGCGUCAUCUUCCUCACCAAGAAGAACAUAUUCCCGCGGAUGUUCAAGCUCCACCGCGUGCUGGGCUCAGCCCCACAACCACAGGUGUUCCAGAACACGACGAAGUUCGUGGUCGACUACGAAGAGGACCCGUUACUGGCGAAGAACUAUAGGGAUAAGGCCGGCUAUGGGAAGAUAGCCAAAAAGCUUGACUCUUUGAGGAGCGAUACGCGUAAGGCUGGAUUCAGGGGUAUGGAGGAUCACUGGGUUCCUGUGGAUCAAGUCGGGCGCGAACUCGUUGGGCCGCAUGUGCCGUUGCAGCGCGGGCAUGGUCAUAGGCUGGGCCUGCUGGCGCAGCUGAUCCUGCUGCGGCUUCCGAACGUUGAGGGGGUGUAUUUGCCGUACUGCAUGAUGGAUCUUCUACAACCCCUGGACGUGUCGUGUACGAAUGUGAAACUCCGGCAGAAAUUCCCGCCUCGCCUCAAAUCUCUGCGCAUAACCAAAGUUGACAACGGAGAUGGGCAUCCUGGGAUAGCCGGUAUGACGCCCAGCCGGUGCGGGAUCUUCGCAAAAUACGGGUACAUCAAGGACCUCCUCACCAGCGACCUACAAACGGGCCUCCCGCCCGCGGAGUUCAUUGCAUUCAGCUGGCUCACACGCCUCGUCCUCUGGCAGUGUGCCGUCAUCGACCCAAACCACUUAGACCAGGCCCUGAAGCGGCUCCAUAGACUGCAGACCUUCGUCUACACGGUCAAGAGCUCGCCCACUCCUAGGUGGCCUCGAUACCCCAUGUACGAACAGUAUCUUGCGGUGCGGUUCCCCGAGACCGUGACGACGCUCUGCAUCGACGCGCCGUUGGAUUAUUGGUUCGGGCGGUACGGACUGGCGCCGGUGUUCAACGGCCUGCAGAGGCUGGAGAACCUGUGGGUGAACGCGCACAAUCUGAGCAAGUUCGGGCUGGGGAACGGGGUUGGGAUUCUGGAAUCGACGAGCCGGCACGAUCGCAGCUACGACCGUAUCGAGAUUGUAGCGGCGGAAGGCGAUCUGAAGUGUUUGCCGAAGUCGCUGAAGAGGCUACACAUAUUGGGGGAGAUAGGGCGUGUUCGGGAGGAUGUGAAGUGGUUGGAGGAGGCGGUGGGUAGUGGGCGGCUGCCGAAUUUGAAGGAGAUCGCGGUGGAGACGAUAAUAGAAGAUGAGGACGGCCUGGAAGAGGGCUUUUGGAUGCGUUAUGAGGCGGAUUUGUGGGGUUUGGACGGAGAGAAGCUUGAGAGGGAGGGUGUGAGGUUUUUAGAUGAGGUCGACCCCAAACCAUACUUGUGGUAG